AAGUGCGUGUGUGUUAGAUAAAUCUGUAACCAUAAUAACAUAAUAUAUCAAUUACUUAAUCAUUUUUAAGUGUUAAAUUGUGUGUUCACAUAAUAUGACUUUUUGUCGAAGCUGAUGACGCACAUUACAUGAUAUAAAUAAACGUAAUUUAAUACAUAUUUUUAACAUACAGUGAGAAAAACCAUGUAAUUACCUAAAAAUAAAUACGAAAACCUUCACGGCGAACAAGUUACAAUGAAUAUACAAUGAAUACGUAAGGACUCAAUGCAAAUUCAAGAUUAUAUUAUGACCGGUUGACCGACCUUGGCGAUAAACCAUUGCAAUUAUAAUUUGAAGAUACAUAUUUAAAAUUUACAACGAAAACAUGGUUGAGAAUGUAAUAAAACAAGUAGUCAAUAAGCCUGAUAAAAAGAACGAUAAACUUACCGAACUUAUUGGACAAUUUGGGACAUGGCAAAUGAUAUUGUUCUCAACAGUAUCCCUGGUCAAAAUAUCAUCAGGAUGGAUACAACUGGCUAUACUGUUUUUAACACCAAAGUUCACGUUUCUGUGUACACAAUUCGCCGAGGAUUCAACGAUAUUAUCAAUAAUUGCGAGUAACGCAUCAAGAAUGGUUGAUUCGUCAAAUGUUCUUGCUGGAAAUUUGACAAUCGCUGAAGAUUCGAAAUGUUACAAAGAUUGUGUUAAUUAUGAGUAUGAUACAAGACCUAUGGAUAGCACUAUUAUCUCAGAAUGGGAUCUGAUUUGCGAUAGAAGUUGGCUGGCGAGUUUUACACAAAUGGUGUUGCAGAGUGGAAUUUUGAUCGGGAGCAUCGUGUUUGGGUUCCUUUCUGAUAGAUACGGCCGCAAGAACACCUUCCUAGCCGCCGUGACAAUCACGACAAUAAUCGGAUUCGCCAUCCCUUUCUCCCCAAACUACACCACCUUCACCAUCCUCCGCUUCGUCUCCGGGUUCGGAGCUGCCGGAACUAUGGUCAUCUCUUUCGUUCUCGUCAUGGAGACGGUUGGACCUGAUUACAGAGAGCUUCUAGGGUGUCUUUAUCAGAUUCCUUUCGUCAUUGGACAUAUGUUUGUCCCUUUGUUCGCGUAUUACUUCAGGGACUGGCAAAUGUACAGUUUGGCCAUGGCCGUGCCUCAGUUGUUAUAUAUAGGAUACUUUUUUGUACUAAAUGAGUCUCCAAGAUGGCUACUCAGCGUGAGGAGAGUGAAGGAAGCGACGGAGAUUGUGAAGAGAGCGGCGGCGAUAAACAAUCGUCCCACGUCAAAAAUAGAAGAAACCUUGACAAAGCUAGCAGAAGACAUGCAGUCUGUCUCUGAAAAGCCGAAGCUAAACUACACGGCGCUCUUCGGAAGUUCCCUGAUCCUGAAGACUUCAUGCUGCUGUUUCAUGUGGCUGGUGACUGGAGCUACCUUCUUCGGGUUUAACCAGUACAUAAGCCAGAGUAGUCCUGAUCCCUUCAUCAGUGUGGCAGCGGCUGGGGCUAUACAAAUACCCUCUACGUUCAUCUCUAUUUGGCUUAUCAAGCACCUAGGAAGAAAGAAGACUACAAUAUCACUAUUCUUGUUAGGCGGCAUUUUCAUUCUCGCCCUAGACUAUGUGCCGAAAAUAUUCUGGCUCACCUUAACACUUGGCAGUUUAGGAGUAAGCUGUUCUGGUGCUGUAGCGUGUUCAAUAUAUAUUUAUACUACAGAAUUAUUUCCAACGGUAGUAAGAAAUAUGGGAAUGGGUGCUUCUUCAAUGUCCAUGAGGGUAGGGUCAAUGGUAGCGCCAUUUAUUUCAAGUUUAUCGAUAACAAUUCCAUGGUUGCCUACUGUUAUUUUUGGGUUAGCGCCUAUUUUUGCCGGAUUGGUGUGUUUCAUGUUACCAGAGACUAAAGGAGAAGUCUUACCUGAUACAUUAGAAGAUGUGGAGGUUACUAAGUAGACGAAUUAAAGUUAAUCGACCUUGUACAAAUUUAUAGCAUAAUUUUGUUAUACAAAGCCAAUACACUUACAUAAGGUUCUCUUAUAUUAGACAGUAGAUAACAUUUAUCGGCUUUAAAUAAAUAAAGAAAAACUGUAGUUUUGCUCCAGGCUUUUUUUGGCGUAGAAAUCUACCAAAAU